AUGAACACCGAAAAGUUUGUUCGCGUCACGAUGCUAUUCAAGAAAAACCCCGGUAUGUCUGAUGAGAGAUUCAACGAGUACUGGGCCCAUAUUCAUGGCCCGUUGUGCAUUGAUUGGAUGAAGAGGUAUGGAAUCCUCAAAUGCGCACAGAAGCACAUCAACAAGGACGGCAUGAAACACCUAGCGACUACUUUGCCUGCAUGGCCUUUGUCAACAUUUGAUGCAAUUGAAGACUUCUACGUCCGUGAGUUGAAGGAUUUCACCGAUGCCAUCUUGGAUGACUUCUACCAGAACACUUUGCUCCCAGACGCUGGUGUCUUCGCCGAUGCCGCAAGCAUUUUUCUUUCUGUUGGGGAGGACUAUAUUGUUGUUGAUGAUGGGAAAGUGAUUGAGCAGCACGAACGAGACUACCAUUGCGCUUGA